GUUUCAUUAAACGGACGUUUUGUGUUUGGACACAGUACUUUUGUGUUAGUAGUGGGGCUUUCUUUUGUUAAGCAUACUUUGAGAUAUGUCAUGGACAUUGAAGAGGCUCCAUCUAAUUUUCAUUGCUUUGGUUCUUUGGGGAAAUACAAAUGGAUUUGGAGUGUGGAACAGAACCUUUGUUGAGGGUUGGCAAGCUGUAGAUUUUAAUACCACAGGGAACCAAAAUUUUCAGCUUGCUACACGUGUUCAACCUUUUGAGCUACUGGCCAGAAAAAGUGCAAAUGGAAAUGCUGUAGGAGGAAAUUCAGAAAGUAUUCUGCUCACUUCUGAAGUCCAAACUGCUCAACAUGAUUCUAGUUUUGUUCAGUCUUCUGGUGGACCUGCUCAUGCGACUACAAACCAAAACCAGGACAAGGCCGAGGUGUCAACAUCAAAGAUCUACUGGUUUGAUUCUCUAAAGGCUGAAAACACUGACACUUUGCUCUCUCAAACUCAGUCUGCAGCCACAAAAAAACAGGCAUAUGGAUCCCAAACCCAGUCAACAUAUGAGGCUCACUCUACAAUCCCUGCUUCUCAAUCUCAAGCACAGUCCAUGGGUGCUUCAACAUUGUAUCAAGUUCUAACCUCUGGCAGUUAUUUGCCUCCACUGAACCAGAGCAUUCCAUCCUCCUCCCAGUCUCUGGUCACCACAAACCAAAUCACUGAAUGCCAAAAUCAGACAUCAUACAAACCUAGCACCACAACACAGGUUUCAGCUGGCCAAUCUGUUUCUACGUCUCAGGUGCAGGGUAGCUAUGGGGCUGAAAUCCAGAGGCAGUCACUAAACCUACCUAGCUCUGCACCAGUUUGGGCAGGCCAGUAUACUUCUACAUCUCAAGCACAGUCCAUGGGUGCUUCGACAUUGUAUCAAAGUUUAACCUCUGGCAGGUAUUUGCCUCCACUGACCGAGAACAUUCCAUCCUCCUCCCAGUCUGUGGACAGUACAAACCAAAUGCCCGGAUUCCAACAGCCUAGCACUACAACACAGGUUUCAGUAGACCAGGCUGCUUCAUCUCUGGGACCGUCCAUGAGUGCUUCAACAUUGUAUCAAGGUUUAACCUCUGGCAGGUAUUUGCCUUCAUUGGACCAGCGCAUUCCAUCCUCCUCGGAGUCUGUGGUCAGUACAAACCAAAUCUCUGGAUUCCACCAGCCUAGCACUACAACACAGGUUUCAGCUGGCCAAUCUGUUUCUGUGUCUCAGGUGCAGGGUAGCUAUGGGGCUGAAACAUCAGGACAUGCUAAAUGGUAUAGCAUUUUACCUGGUCAGGAAAUCCAGAGGCAGUCAUUAAACCUACCUAGCUCCACACCAGUUUGGGCAGGUCAGUCUAUGUCUCAAGCACAGUCCAUGGGUGCUUCAACAUUGUAUCAAGGUCUAACCUCUGGCAGGUAUUUGCCUUCACUGGACCAGAGCAUUCCAUCCUCCUCCCAGUCUGUGGUCAGUACAAACCAAAUUACUGGAUUCCCAAACCAGACAUCAUAUCAGCCUAGCACCACAACACCAGUUGCAGCAGGUCAGUCUGUUUCUACAGCUCAGGCACAAUCCAUGGGUGCUUCAACAUUGUAUCAAGGUCUAACCUCUGGCAGGUAUUUGCCUCCACUCGCCCAGAGCAUUCCAUCCUCCUCCCAGUCUGUGGUCAGUACAAACCAAAUCUCUGGAUUCCACCAGCCUAGCACUACAACACAGGUUUCAGCUGGACAAUCUGUUUCUGUGUCUCAGGUGCAGGGUAGCUAUGGGGCUGAAACAUCAGGACAUGCUAAAUGGUAUAGCAUUUUACCUGGUCAGAUGAUUCCAUCCUCUUCCCAAGUGUCUGAAAUCCAGAGGCAGUCAAUAAACCUAACUAGCUCUGCACCAGUUUGGGCAGGUCAGUCUACUUCUACAUCUCAAGCACAGUCCAUGGGUGCUUCGACAUUGUAUCAAGGUUUAACCUCUGGCAGGUAUUUGCCUCCACUUGCCCAGAGCAUUCCAUCCUCCUCCCAGUCUGUGGUCAGUACAAACCAAAUCACUGAAUGCCAGAAUCAGACAUCAUACAAACCUAGCACCACAACACAGGUUUCAGCUGGCCAAUCUGUUUCUACUUCUCAGGUGCAGGGUAGCUAUGGGGCUGAAAUCCAGAGGCUGUCAUUAAACCUAACUAGCUCUGCACCAGUUUGGGCAGGUCAGUCUACUUCUACAUCUCAAGCACAGUCCAUGGGUGCUUCGACAUUGUAUCAAGUUCUAACCUCUGGCAGUUAUUUGCCUCCACUGAACCAGAGCGUUCCAACCUCCUCCCAGUCUGUGGUCAGUACAAACCAAAUUACUGGAUUCUCAAACCAGACACCAUACCAGCCUAGCACCACAGCACAGGUUUCAGCAGGUCAGUCUGUUUCUACAGCUCAGGCACAGUCCAUGGCUGGUUUAACCUCUGGCAGGUAUUUGCCUCCACUGACCCAGAGCAUUCCAUCCUCCUCCCAGUCUAUGGACAGUACAAACCUAAUCUCAGGAUUCCAAUGGUCUAGUGCUACAACACAGGUUUCAGCAGGCCAGACUGCAUCUACAUCUCGGGCACAGUCAAUUGGUGGUUCAACAUUGUAUCAAGGCAUAACCUCUGGCAGCUAUUUGCCUCCACUGAACCAGAGCGUUCCAACCUCCUCCCAGUCUGUGGCCAGUACAAACCGAAUUACUGGAUUCUCAAACCAGACAUCAUAUCAGCCUAGCACCACAACACAGGUUUCAGCUGGCCAAUCUGUUUCUGUGUCUCAGGUGCAGGGUAGCUAUGAGGCUGAAACAUCAGGACACGCUAAAUGGUAUAGCAUUUUACCUGGUCAGGAAAUCCAGAGGCAGUCAUUAAACCUACCUAGCUCCACACCAGUUGCAGCAGGUCAGUCUGUUUCUACAGCUCAGGCACAAUCCAUGGGCGCUUCAACAUUGUAUCAAGGUUUAACCUCUGGCAGGUAUUUGCCUCAACUCACCCAGAGCGUUCCUUCCUCCUCCCAGUCUUUGGUCAGUACAAAGCAAAUCUCUGGAUUUCACCAGCCUAGUGCUACAACACAGGUUUCAGCAGGCCAGACUGCAUCUACAUCUCAAGCACAGUCCAUGGGUGCUUCAACAUUGUUUCAAGGUCUAACCUCUCGCAGGUAUUUGCCUCCACUGGCCCAGAGUGUUCCAUCCUCUUCCCAGUCUGUGGUCAGUACAAACCAAAUUACUGGAUUCCCAAACCAGACACCAUAUCAGCCUAGCACCACAACACCAGUUGCAGCAGGUCAGUCUAUUUCUACAGCUCAGGCACAAUCCAUGGGUGGUUUAACCUCUGGCAGGUAUUUGCCUCCACUUACCCAGAGCGUUCCAACCUCCUCCCAGACUGUGGACAGUACAAAUCAAAUCUCUGGAUUCCACCAGCCUAGCGCUACAACAGCGGUUUCAGCAGGUCAGACUGUUUCUACUGCUCAGGCACAAUCCAUGGGUGCUUCAACAUUGUUUCAAGGUCUAACCUCUCGCAGGUAUUUGACUUCAUUACCCCAGAGCGUUCCAUCCUCUUCCCAGUCUGUGGUCAGUACAAACCGUAUCUCUGAAUGCCAGAAUCAGAUGACCUACCAACCUAGCACUACAACACAGGAUUCAGAUUCUGUUUCUACAUCUCAGGGUAGCUAUGGGGCUGAAACAUCAGGACAUGUUGGUACUAAUUGGUACGCAAGUUUACCUGGGCAGACUAUUGCAUCCUCCUCCCAAGUGUCUGAAUUCCAGAAGCCGUCAUUAAACCCACUGAUCACAAAACAACUUUGGGCAGGUCAGUCUGUUUCUAUAUCUCAAGCUCCUUUCCAGCACAUGUUGCCCCAGUAACACUGCAACACUGGGCCCUCCCAAGUAGCUCAAAGGUGCUUUAAAUAUUAAGUGCUGCUAUUACUGAGGACUGCUGAUCUGAGUAUUUCAUUGGUGGUACAUUAUUGUUAACUUGGAUGCUUGUCUGAGUAUUUUUGUAAUAAAUGGACAAUUUAUAUGAA